AUGAGCAUCACGGAUGUGCUUAGUGCUGAUGACAUUGCAGCGGCCCUGCAGGCAUGCAGGGACCCAGAUACUUUUGAACCCCAAAAAUUCUUCCAGACAUCAGGCCUCUCCAAGAUGUCAGCCAGUCAGGUGAAGGAUGUUUUCCGGUUCAUAGACAAUGACCAGAGUGGAUACCUGGAUGAAGAAGAGCUUAAGUUUUUCCUCCAGAAGUUUGAGAGUGGUGCUAGAGAACUGACUGAGUCAGAAACCAAGUCUUUGAUGGCUGCUGCAGAUAAUGAUGGAGAUGGAAAAAUUGGGGCUGAUGAAUUCCAAGAAAUGGUUCAUUCUUAA